CCAGCCGACAUCCACUGAGCGUUCACACCGACUGAUCCAGUGACCCGGCCAGAACCAAAGACCCAACCAGAAUCAGGAACCAUCAGGGUCCAGGAACCAUCAGGGUCCAGGAACCAUCAGGGUCCAGGAACCAUCGCUGUCCCUGCAGGAUGGCGUCUGACGGCCCCCCGGCAGGAAACUGCACAGAUCAGCAGAAACCCCUGCAGAUGCUCGUUCCCACACACCGCCCGUUCCCUACCGUGGACGUUCCUGCGCAUGCCCAUUACAUCAUCGGCUGUGUGAUCCUGCUGGUGGGAGUGACGGGCGCGCUGGGCAACGCGCUGGUCAUCUACGUGUUCUGUCGUAGCAAGACGCUGCGGACGCCCAGCAACCUGCUGGUGGUCAACCUGGCGGUGGCGGACUUCCUGAUGUCGGUGACGCAAUCUCCGGUCUUCUUCGUGGCCAGCCUGCACCGCCGCUGGGUGUUCGGGGAGUUUGCCUGCGAGCUCUACGCCUUCUGCGGCGCUCUGUUCGGCAUCGCGUCCAUGAUGACGCUGACGGCCAUCGCCGGGGACCGCUGCCUGGCCGUCACGCGGCCGCUGGCGCUGCUGGGCGGAGCGAGCCGCCGGCGGCUGUGCGUGGCGGCCGUGGGGGUGUGGCUGUACUCGCUGGGCUGGAGUCUGCCGCCGUUCUUCGGGUGGAGCGCCUACGUCCCGGAGGGCCUGCAGACGUCCUGCAGCUGGGAUUACAUGAGCUUCACGGCGCCGGUGCGCAGCUACACCGUCCUGCUCUUCGUCUUUGUCUUCUUCAUCCCGCUGGCCGUCAUCGCCAGCUGCUACCUGCUCAUGUUGGGCGUGCGGCGGGCGGCUCACGAGGUGAAGAGGCUGAGCAGCGGAGAGACCAGCAGGGCGUAUGAGCGGCUGCGCGGCGAGUGGCGGAUGGCCCGAGUGGCCCUGGCAGUGAUUCUGCUCUUCAUCGUGUCUUGGUCGCCCUACUCUGCCGUCGCUCUGACCGCCACCGCCGGAUACGCCCACCUGCUGACCCCCUACAUGAACUCGGUGCCUGCAGUCAUCGCCAAGGCCUCCGCCAUCCACAACCCCGUCAUCUACGCCAUCACGCAUCCAAAGUAUCAAGCUGCCAUUGGUCGACACUUCCCGCUGUUGCGCGCUGUGCUGCGGCUGCACGAAAAGGACCUGCACUCGCCGUUCAGCUCCAGCACCGCCUCGUCUCGCCGCGCCACGCUCAGCGGUUCGCCAGGGGUCCGGCUGGGCCGCGAGGUCCGGACCAACGGACGCUGGACGCAGAGCCGGCUGUCCUCAGCUUCUGACAGCGACUCCUGCUGGACGGAGAGCGAAGCUGAGUCAACAGCCAUCAACCGCCGGACAUCCACCCAGGUGUCAGCUGAGCCGUCUGACCCCGCGUCUGACCCCGCGUCUGACCCCGCCCACAUGAGCCGUCUCAUCGAGUCUGGACCGAGAGACAGCGACUCACCUGAAGGGGGCGCUGCCAUGGCAACAAAACCUCUGCUGUCUCCAAUGUAAUGCAGGAGCCAGCGUCAUAGCUCCGCCCCCUGCAGCCAGGUCAUAGCUCCGCCCCCUGCAGCCAGGUCAUAGCUCCGCCCCCUGCAGCCAGCGUCAUAGCUCCGCCCCCUGCAGCCAGGUCAUAGCUCCGCCCCCUGCAGCCAGGUCAUAGCUCCGCCCCCUGCAGCCAGGUCAUAGCUCCGCCCCUCCUCAAUGGCUUUUUCUGUUUCUUCAAAUUGAUGAAUAAAGAACA